AUGGAGUCAACACAGCCGGCAGUUAAAUCUGCUGUUACGACUCCCAAAUCGGAGAAGCGCAAGAAGAAGCAGCAGCCAAAGAGUAGCGACAUUUCUUUUGACGAGCUUCUCGAGUUAGAAUCAUUAUCAGUAGCACCUAAGAACCCGUUGUUGUCUGACCCAGAACCUGGUGAGCCGUUACGCCGUGUAAACAAAUGGACUACUGCGAUUCCUCCAGCAAAGCCUGUACCGGAUCAGUUUAAGGGUCGUGUAUAUCCUUCAGGUGAAGUUUGGGAAUAUACGGGUGCUGGAGCGUCUCGUGCUAGUGAUGCUGAGAAGCGCCACUUGGAGAAGAUAUCUACGGAUAGUUACCAGGACUUGCGUCGUGCAGCUGAGGUACACCGACAGGUCCGACGCUAUAUUCAAUCUGUUCUUCGUCCCGGCAUAUCAUUGAUCGACUUGGUGAAUGCUGUGGAGACUAAGUGUAAGGAGUUGAAUGCGGCUGAUGGGUUGAAGGCCGGCUGGGCGUUUCCCACCGGCUGUUCACUGAACGAAUGUGCAGCUCAUUAUACACCUAAUUAUGGUGAUAAGACGGUUUUGGGUGUUGGUGAUAUUUGCAAGUUGGAUUUCGGGACACAAGUGAACGGUCACAUCAUCGACUGUGCAUUUACUGUAGCGUUUGAUGAGCAGUAUGAUGAGUUGAUCCGUGCUACCCAGGAGGGUACCAAUGUUGGCAUUCAGCAUGCCGGUAUUGAUGCCCGUGUUUGUGAGAUAGGUGAUGCUAUUCAGGAGGCAAUCGAGAGUCACGAGGUUGAGAUUCGUGGCGUCACAUACCCUGUGAAGGCCAUACGUAACCUUACCGGGCAUAGUAUCGGACCAUAUCGCAUCCAUUCUGGUAAGGCAGUGCCUAUUGUUCGCAAUAGUGGCUGUACUGAUAUAAUGGAGGAGGGUGACUUAUUUGCUAUCGAGACAUUUGCGUCAACCGGCAAAGGUGUCGUUGUCGAGGCAAUGGAUUGUUCCCAUUAUAUGAAGGACUUUAACGUUGGCUACGUGCCAUUAACAUUGAAGAGUGCCCGGGAUGUCUUGAAGUCUAUAAAUACCAACUUUGGUACAUUAGCAUUUUGCCGACGUUGGUUAGAUGAUGUGACCGGUGGUAGGAACCUUUUAGCAUUGAAACAUUUGGUUGACAAGUGUAUCGUGAACCCUUAUCCGCCAUUAUGUGAUGUUCGCGGUUCCUACACUUCUCAAAUGGAACACACCAUCUUGCUACGUCCAACUUGUAAGGAGGUCCUCUCCCGUGGCGAUGACUAUUAG